AACUUAUUAAAUAGAUAGAAAUGGGAGAUACUACUGGCGACGAAGCUCUCUACCCAAUUGCUGUACUAAUUGACGAGCUAAGAAAUGAAGAUGUACAACUCAGACUCACAUCCAUUAAAAAACUGUCGACUAUCAGUCUGGCUUUGGGCGUCGAGCGUACCAGAUCCGAACUGAUACCUUUCUUGACAGACACUAUAUAUGAUGAAGAUGAAGUGUUGCUGGCUUUGGCAGAGCAACUUGGCUCGUUUACUCCUCUUGUUGGAGGAGCGGAUUAUGCUCACAUUCUGCUGACACCUUUGGAAAGCUUGGCAACUGUAGAAGAAACUGUGGUUCGUGAUAAAGCUGUGGAAUCCCUAAGAAAAAUUGCUGCUGACCAUAGCUCGGAGCACAUGGAGAAGUUUUUCGUCCCUUUGAUCAAACGUCUUACUCAAGGAGACUGGUUCACAUCUCGAGCGUCUGCAUGUGGACUCUACAGUGUUUCAUACCCUCAUGUGGGAGCAUCGAUGAAGGAAGAAUUGAGAGCUGGCUUCAAACAGCUGUGUCAAGAUGAUACUCCAAUGGUUCGCAGAGCUGCUGCUGGCAAAUUAGGCGAGUUUGCUAAAGUAGUAGAAGUGGAUGCGCUUAAAAAUGUGGUGAUUCCUAUGUUCACCAAUUUGGCGAGUGACGAACAAGACAGUGUUAGACUUCUAGCCGUGGAAGCAUGUGUCGCGAUUUCUGGAUUGCUGACCAAAAACGAAGACAAAGAAACACAUGUCAUACCGACUCUCAAGUCUGCAUGCGAUGAUAAAUCAUGGAGAGUUAGAUACAUGGUUGCCGAAAAAUUCACAGAACUGCAGAAAGCACUUGGUCCAGAGUUGACUAAGAAUGAGCUAGUGAACGUGUUCCAGUCAUUGUUGAAGGACAACGAAGCAGAGGUCAGGUCGAUGUCGGCACAGCAGAUAAAAGAUUUUGCCGAAGCUCUUCCCUCGGCGUCAAGAGAGACUGUAGUGAUGAACAACAUCCUACCAUGUGUCAAGGAUCUAGUGAACGACACAAACCAGCACGUGAAGACUGCUUUGGCGUCUGUUAUCAUGGGGCUAGCGCCUAUCGUAGGAAAAGAUAUCACAAUUGAGCACCUCCUGCCUCUGUUCCUGGCGCAGUUGAAGGAUGACUGCGCGGAAGUGCGCCUGAACAUCAUCUCCAAUCUAGAGUCUGUGAACAAAGUGAUAGGCAUUCAGCAGCUGUCCCAGAGCCUGUUGCCAGCCAUUACUGAAUUAGCUGAGGAUACCAAGUGGCGAGUGCGACUGGCAAUCAAUGAGUACAUGCCCCUUCUGGCCGAGCAGUUGGGUGUGCAGUUCUUCGACGACAGGCUCAAUGCUCUCUGCCAGGCCUGGCUUGUAGAUCAUGUGUUCGCUGUGCGUGAAGCGGCAACUAACAAUCUCAAACGACUAGUGGCCAUCUUUGGGAGCAACUGGGCUAGAGCGUCUGUCCUGCCCAAGAUAGUCCAGAUGUCAAAUGAUCAGAACUACCUGCAUAGGAUGACGUGUCUCUUCUGCAUAAAUGUGUUAGCUGAGGUUUGUGAAGCCCAACUGGUGGAAGAGAACAUGUUGCCAAUUGUGUACCAGAUGGCAAAUGACCAGGUCCCCAAUGUCAGAUUCAAUGUUUGCAAGACCAUCCACAUCAUUUGCAAUGUCCUCAAGAACUCAAGUGGCGGAAAUGGCUCGAAGCUAAGUGCGUCACAAUUAAACCAGAUGAAGACUGUGUUGGAGAAGUUGAAUGAAGAUGCGGAUGUUGAUGUGAGGUUCUUCGCCACAGAAGCACUCCAAGGCUGAUGCCAGACUAGUCCAUGAGCUGGAAAUGCCACCUGGUGUCGCAGAGGCCUCACGUACUUAAGCACAACUCACUCGGAUACCAACUGCUCAUACUGAUAUGCAUUGACGGAAGUCCUUUGAUACGAUACCAUAAAAAGUCCAGAUCUCUUAAUUACACCAAAAACAUCAACCCCACCAACUAGAACCUACGAAACAUGCAACAACUUAAAGGAAGGAAUGGACUCAUCUCAGUUUUGAAGCAGAUUGGCUAAAUUUCCAACCAUGCUGAAAAUAUUUCAAUUUCAUUCGUACUGAAUGUUUUUCAUUUUUCCGAACUUGUCGUCUUGUUUUUUUACCUACCAGUUUUAGUUUGGAAUCUGCUAAAUACUCACAAAAACUAUUUGAGACUUUGCUCUGCAGCCAACACUGAUGCGAUUUUUUGUUGAGUCCCAAGAAAAGUUUGCUCACUGCAUAACAAUUAAGUUUAAUUCAACCAAAGUGAUCAAAGUUUUCUAAGCAGUGUCAUUUUUCUGGUUUUUUUUUCAAAUUUUGGAUAUGUAAUGUAGUCUAAGUAGAAUUUUGAUGUGAAUAUCACUACGCGCUACUGAUACAUAUACUUACUAUCGAAGAUGUUUUCUGUCAACUCGAUGAAUGAAUUAAAUGAAUAAAUUUAUAGUUUCAUGACAA